AUGAAAUUCCUUUUGAUUGCUGCUGUAAUUUGUGCCUUUUUGGCCUAUGUAUCAUUUGUCCAGGCUGAGGAUGUGAACGAGGAGAGUUUUGAGGAAUUGGUCCGGGAAAAACGUGGCUAUGGAGGCUAUGGUGGAUUUGGUCGUGGAGGAUAUGGUGGUUAUGGAGGCUAUGGUGGAUUUGGUCGUGGCGGCUAUGGUGGUUUUGGACGUGGCGGCUAUGGCGGUUUUGGACGUGGAGGCUAUGGUGGAUAUUAUGGAUAA